UGCGCCGUUCUGCUUUGCUCAGACAGUUUCCUGCAGCAGGAGAUCCUGUUCAGAAUGUCCAUGUGCCAGUUUGCCCUCCCUCUGCUGCUACCUGCCCUUGACACCCCCAAGUGCACCCUAAUGCUCUGGGCCAUGAGGGACAUUGUGAGGAAGUGGAGGCCUCACCCCCUGGCAGAGAGCAGAGGGUUCAGGGAGGAGAGCCUGGUGCUCACCAAAAUGCCAACCAUUUCCUUUGUGCGACUAGGGAGCUGCGGCUUCUCCAAGUCCCAACUUCUCAAUGAGGUUCUCAGCCCCUCCCAGCAGCACCACGAUUUCUUCAUCCAUCGUGACAUGGAGUCUGGGAAUGUCCCUCGGGAAAUCGCAGAUGGGUUGGUCGAAAUUUCCUGGUAUUUCCCUGCGGGGAAGGAGAGUUCAGAUCUUUUUGCAGAGCCCGUUGCGGUUACAAACCUGCGUGGAGACAUUAAGUCCCACUGGCUACAGUUCAGCUUUUUAACACAGGUCUCCUCAGCAGUGUUCAUAGUUACUGAGAGCAUCAGUGAGAGAGAAUAUAAACUAUUAUCAUCUCUGGAGGGUUCAGAUACGAAAUACUGCUUCAUCCUCAACGCCCAGGCUGAGAAACACAGUGAAGUCCAUGAACAACUUGUAAGGUUAGCACCUGUGCUGAAAUUGUGUAAACCCUGUGUGCUGGUUAAAUCCACCCUCUUGAAUAAGACAGAAUUUGUGGAAAAGGUACAGACUACCAUAGGAACAAUAAUGAAUUCUACAACCAAGAUGGACAAUAUGGAAAGCAUUGCUGUUCAUGCACGUAAACGAGGAAUCCAAGUAGAUGAGGACUGCGAAGAAUGUCAGGGGGCAAAGAAACGUGUUAAAAUUAUCACCGAAGAAAUAAGUAAUGUGGUAAAGUACAAGAAGGAAAUUAUGAGACCCCUGCGCCAUCCAAGGAAGAUGCCAAGAGUAGAACAGUGCAGAAUAGGACAGCAAGGAGAUACCCCCGCUGGGGGAGAGAAUAGGUUGAAAUUAUAUACACAGCACAAGCAAUAUGACCUUGCUCAUGGCAUGGAGAAAUUUAUUCAAGGAAUAGAAAAACUCCCACGAGAGGAAAAUGUUUACUUCUUAAAGUGGAUGACACUUUAUCUGGAUAACAUUGCAAGGAAGAAUAAGAUUUCUCAAAUGAAGGCCAACUCCUUAAGAGUGGAGCAUUUCAUGCGUGGAUUCGGGCAUGUUUAUGAGACAGAAAGCACACAGGUGAAAGAAGGCAAAAUGCUAAAAACCCAAAGAAAAUACAGCUAUCUCCCAGAAAUAAUUGCUGACCUGAUGCUGGAAGGGUUUCCCAUGGAGCUAAUCGAUGGAGAUGCACCCAACGUUCAACUGCAGUGCGUAACAGAUGUUCUGACUCAGCUCCAUGCCAAACUGGGGGGAAGGUCCAGAAUGCUGGUUCUAACGGUGCUGGGAGGACAGAGCACUGGGAAAUCCACCCUCCUCAACACCAUGUUUGGCCUGCAGUUUGCAGUGAGCAGUGACCAAUGUACGCGAGGAGCCUUCAUGUCACUCAUUAAAGUGGCAGAGAACUUUCAGCAGGAGCUGGGCUGUGACUUCAUCCUGGUGAUAGACACAGAAGGCUUGAAAGCCCCUGAACUGACCAGACAGGAGGAUUGUCAUUUUAAAAACUAUCAGCUGGCCACAGUUGUGACUGGACUGAGUGACAUAAUGGUCAUUAAUUUGGAGAAUGCCACCAAAAAGAAGAGUGUUCUGCAAAUUGUGGUCCACGCAUUUCUCAGGCCCAACCACCAGUUUGUCCAUCAGAACAUCAGUGAUGUGUCUGCACCUGAUCAAAACAUGAGAGACAGGAAACGCCUCUUGGAGCAGUCGUGUGAAAUGACUAAAGCUUCAGUAGAAAAACAAAGCAGGGAAAUGGUGUUUUCUGACAUUAUAGCGUAUGAACUGGAGAAACACAAUUGGUACAUCCCUGGACUGUGGCAUGGAGUCCCUCCCAUGGCUCCAGUGAACACUGGAUACAGUGAGAGUGUGUGUGAGCUAAAGAAAUACCUGUUUGAAUCCAUAAAGAGCUCUUCAUGUCACAGAAGCAUCAGGAACAUUCCCCAGUUUACUGAGUGUCUGAAGAGCCUGUGGAAUGCUGUAACGCAUGGACAUUUAGACAAGACCUAUAACCAACUUCAUGUGGAGUAUUUAGAGUCAGCAUAUAAUUUCAAUGAGGAAAUGGACCCCUCAGUAUCUGAAAAAGUAACUUUCAUCCAGAGUCAGCCACCCAAUGAAUUAGAUGUUGGUAAAUUACUCUGUGAGAAUCAGGACAAACUGUUUUGUGAGGAACAAAAGAUAUUGGAUAAUCCAAACAAAUACUUUGAAAGCAGAGCAAAAACUCUUCAUCUGAUAGAAAAACACAGAGAAGAAUUUAUCAGGACAACAACUAGUCUGAAAUGUGAACCUGAACAUUAUUCAAUUAGCAAGUGCAAAGAAGUACCUCAGAGGCAAAGAACAGAUUUUAUCAAGUCCAUAUUUAGGAAAGUAUUUGAAAAGAUGUUCUUAACAAGCCACAGGGAGAAAAAAAGUAUCAAGAUACCAAAAUUGAAAAAUUUGUUAAGUUAUAAAACAAAGCCUUUCAAGAUUAAAGUUAAGUAUUUUGAAUUAAGAUAUUUUAAACGUGUAAAAGAAUUUUAUACCAAACGGCAUCAGCAUAAAGCACAAGAACUUGUUAAAUUCUUAAUGUAUAAUUACAAGAAAUACACCGCAGAAAAGAUCAAAUCCAGAGCAGACUAUGAUGACACUUACUGCACGGAAUUCUUGCUUAUGAUCAAUGAGUGGCUACAACAGGAUGAUGUUCAGGAACUUCACACCAAUACUUACUUUGAAAUUGUCUUGAAGAUUCACAAAUUGCGGGAAACUCUUUUUGAAUUCCAGAAGACGUGUUAA